AUGGGCUGCUCUCAGAGCUCAACGAUUUCAGAGGCCGAAGCAGUACGCCAACCUGCCCAACAUGCCCACGCCUUCCCGACCAAGGAGGCUAUUAUGCGAAAUCCGAAUCUCCGUCAGGCUCACUUCAAGACGACUGCUACAUCGCUCGCCCCCGCAGAAUCACCAGCCUCCGAAAGCGCUGUCCAGAAGCUAGAGGACAUUCGGAGGUGCGUUCUUCAGGUUGGUGAUGAUCGCAUGCUGGAGUGUGACGGGCCAUCCCUCCAGAAGGACUACGAUUCUUGGCAACACGAGGUGGAUGCCCACGACUUGAAGGCCAUGAAAGACGGACAUGCCGUUCCAGUCAACAGGACUGCUGACCAACACUUAGCAAAGAAGAUGAAGUCUUCAAUCAGCGAGCUUACAGAGGAUCCUGCCAAGCUCAAGCGCGCCGUGCAGCUUCGCCGCAUGUCACGCGAGGAGAUUGCAGCUUACCGGAACGUUCUGUCGUUGAAUGGCGUGGAGGGUUCCAAGGAAGAGAACAAGAACGCGAAAAAGAAGGCCACAGCCUCGGCCAGCCCUGUGAGCUUUGUGAGGAUAUUGCGGUUCCCAUGUGAGACCGCCGUCGAAACGGAGAUGUUGUCCGGAGCAGCGGAGGCUCUUGUCUGGCACCUUGGGAAGGUCAGGGCCAAGCGGGGAGCAGGCAGUUCAGCUAGUCUUUCGAAUCGCCCGGAGAAAGAGCAGAGCCUUCGCCCGAGCACGGUCGCUGUAGUGCAGUCAGUGUCAGCACUGUUUCGCAUGCUCUGGAAAGGGGUGCUACUCCCUGAUGCAUCCGGGCAGCGCGAGUUGGAGAAGAUUUGCCGGUUCCGGUUGUCAUUGGGUAGUGAGAGGAGUAACUAUGCUGACCAGCACACACUGAUGCAACUGCGCCUUUCUUUUUUGCGGCCUGCAACCGAACAAAGUUCGAAGCGCGGCAUGAGGACCAAGAAGUCACAGUUCUUGCCGAUCUUACAUAGCCUGUGGACGCACGGCUGGACCUUUCCGUACAUGGCACCAGAGCUGUUUGACAGCAAGACAAAGAUCACUGAAAAGAUCGAUGUUUGGGCUAUGGGAUGCAUCUUUGUGGAGAUCUGCGGCGGGCCUCUACCCUAUGAAACCAUCACGACACUGGCCGACCUGACCAAGGAGAUGCUGAUCAAAAGGCGCACUCCUGACAUUCCUGAGUUUAUCCUUGGCACGAUGAGAGAGAUCUGCGGUAGGCCCGCUCCGUUCAAGCAGCCCUUGACUGUCUAG